ACUCUGCACAGCGAAUCGCGGCGCCUUAGACGACUGGGCCACCCGUGCCCCCAGCAUCAGUUUGACAAAGUUGCAUCCAACCUUUUCAAACAAGGCACCUUUAAAACCUGUGAGGGCAUCUGUACCUUUUGAAAGACACCAAAUUGACUUGGUAGAUUUCAGCAGCAAAUCGGAAACGAAAGAUGGGAUCAUCUACCGUUUUGUGUUGUAGAUAUUGGACGUGUUUUCUAGGUUUUUAUGGCUUAGGCCACUUUGUGACAAAACAUCAAAGAGUGUUGUUAAAUCAUUAGUGCAGGUAUAUUUAGAUCAGCAGUGGGGUGCUCCCAAAAUUAUCCAAACAGAUCAGGGUGGGGAGUUUAAGGGGAUGGUGAAUUCACUCUGUGAAAAACUUGGCGUCAGACUGAUCCAUUCACAAGCCUACCACCCUCAGUCUCAAGGAAAGGACGAGCGUUCACAUAGAGUUUGGAAGGAUAUUGCCUGCGGUAUGACCUUCAACACCUGGAUGAAAUCUCCUGGGUAGACAAUCUUCCUGACUAUUGCCGCAUUCACAAUGAAUCAGUCAACUCAGCAAUUGGUUGUAGCCCUUACAGAGCCAUGUUUGGAUUCCACCCGCAUCAUAUCAGCAGGCUCUUGAAAGCAGGAGAGGAAGUAGGGAUGCGUACAUAUGUGAAGACAGUGAGGACUAUGAAACUGUAGAAGAACAUUCUCAGGCAAGUGGAGGAACACUUGCCAGACUCCAAGAACUGCAAGAAAUCAGGAAGGAAGUGCUGGCAACCUCUGAUAAAUCUGCCACACGAAUGAUAAAGAAACACCUGAAGGCAAAUCCUCCUUCUCAUUAUGAAGUGGGGGAGAUCGUUCUUGUUCGGCAUUUAGGCAAAGACAAGGGUGUUUGUAGGGGUGGGCAGAAAAUCACUUCUUCAAAAGCUGUUGAGGGCGAGAUUGUGGAAGUGAAUGAGAAGUUGCACAAGUACAAGGUGCGGAUAGGAAAGAAACUGUCAUGGCGCUCUGUCUCUCAAAUUACAUCUAUAACAAGGCAACAGGAGGAACAGAAGAGAAGGCACAGUAGACAUGCAGAUGACUACAUGAAUGUCAUGGCAAGACUUCAAAAAGAAAUGAUGAUGCCAACAGUAUUAUCUUCUGACAGUCUUCUUCAGAAGCUAGAAGACAUGGCAGGGAGAAGAGGCUGUAUCGUUAAACACAACUCAGGUGGCGGUAACUGCAUGUUUCUCUCCCUGAGUGACCAGAUUUACCAUGUGUUAAACAUAGAAAUGAAUGCUCUGGAAGUGAGGGAAAACAUUGUGGAGCAUCUGAAGGCACACCCAAAUACAAUAGAUGGAACACCACUGGAAGAUUUUGUCAGCACACAGCAGUCCUGGGAGGCCUAUCUUUCAGCCAUGGAGGCCCCGGGCACAUGGGGAGAUCAUUUAGUUGUCUUGGGAGCUGUGGAGUUUCUCCAAGUUGACAUUGAGGUCCUCACAAGUGCAUCUGAAACUCACCCAAUCCUACUCAAGACAGUAAAGAGACAAGAAACAACCAAAAAGCUGUUCCUGGGGCAUAUAUCUGAGUUUCAUUAUGUCAGCCUGCACAAAUUAGGACAACUUUGCAGUGAUUGUCACUUAGAGAUGCAUAUGUGCCAAUGUGUGGAUAACAUUAAUGCAACCGACAUAGGGUCAUCCCCACAUGGCUUCAACAGUGAAGAGGACAUGGAAACUAGCAGUGAUCCACUUCCAGACACUAGACAAGUUUCAAGGGCAUUCUUUGAGAAAGAGGAGCAAAAUCUUGCCAUGUAUCUACAGAACCUGAUGCAGCGAAACUUCAGUGGUGACAGGGACGGAAGGGGACAGAGGCACACAAUGUUUCUGGAGAGCUAUCUCUAUCAGGAUGUUAAGGCAGGAUUUGCAUCCCAAUUCAUACCUGCAGAGCUCUACGGACACAUCAUAGAGUGGAUUAGAAGCACCUUCACACGUCGUAUUCACAAAGACAAAAGCCAUCCCUACACCAGUUCAUUGACCAGUGUGCUAACUGUGCGUAAUGUGGAUGAGAAUCUGAGAAAACUGAGUCUGCAGUAUAUGUGUGCAACAACACACUACAUUUUGUAUGUAGCUGUAAAAGAGGCAUGCCCAUUCCUCAUCCAGAAAUGUCUGGAUAUGGAGUACCAACAUCUGGACAAAGAAUGUUCAGAAAUGGAAUUACAUCCGAAGCGUUUGUAACUUGAUCCAGUUUUGACUUGUGUUCAUUGUGUUAAAGAAUAAAAUGAUA